GCAUUAACAAAGAGCGUCGUGCAACAACAAGUGCAUUGAUCGAGUCUCGUUCUUGUUUGAAACACAAACGUUUGUUUUCUGAAAUAAUGAGCAGAUGUCCGCGCUGCAACUGCGUAGCAGCUGGACAAAAUCGCCUAGUCACCGACAGCUGUGGACACAACAAAUGUCGAUUGUGUCUGCUGGCAGAUGAAGUCGCUUGCUCGGAAUGCCAGUUGACAAGGGAGCUUGAGCCCGCGGCAGAUGCUGUAGAUCAACCAGUUGAGGAUGUGGAUUACAAACAUAUAACAAGCACGACACAGGGCUAUCAUUGCUCUGUGUGCAACAAGAGCUUCCGCAGUCGCACACAACAGUAUUAUCAUCGUAGCUGUGGCAAUGAGAUCCUCAAGAAGUUUCCUUGCACUCAAUGCGCACGGCGAUUUGCCACACGUUCGCAUCUGAAGUAUCACCAAAAGAGCCACAACAGUCCCAGUUUCAGCUGUUCCCAUUGUGGUAAAACCUUUAGGCAGGAGCUCUUGUUGCAACGCCAUAUGCGUACUCACAACUCAUCCGGCUUUCCCUGCCAGCAAUGCUCAAGAACCUUUCGCAGCCAGGGCGCCCUCACGGCUCACGCUGUUCUGCACAGCGGCAACGGCUUGCCAUACAAAUGUGUUGACUGCUCCAAGCACUAUCUAACCAAGGCGAAUUUACGGCAGCAUCGUGUGAAGCACGAGCCGAAUAGCCGCCGGCACCAGUGCAAUGUGUGCAACAAGUGCUUUCUGCGCUCCUCCACGCUCAGAUUGCACCAAGCCCGACACACUCAGCGUCCGCGGCAUGCUUGCUCCCAAUGCAAUAAGACCUACAAUGACGUGGAUGCACUGCAGCGGCACGUGAAGCAACACACAGCCAAUCCGCGUUAUCAAUGUCUGCAAUGUGACGUCACAGUCAGCCGGCGUGACAAUAUGCAGCGGCAUAUGCGCUCCAUGCAUCCAGGCAUUGAAUUCGAUGCGGGCGUAAAAGUCUUAGAUGUUGAGCAGAGCACCACAACUGUGCCAGCUGCUGCAGAGCAGCCAACUGCGCCGAGUCUGCGCUACAGCAGCGUCAUCAUGAGUGUGGGCAAUGUGCAGCCGGUGGUAGUGCCCGAACUGGAGCCGGAGAAGCCGCCGCCGGAGAAAUCGCUGCCCGAUAAAGUGCAAAAAGAGAAUGUAAAAUUAUAUCGCAAAAUCAUAUUGGAUUUGGAUAACGAGGAGUACUCCAAUGAGCUGAGCAGUACUGGCCUGGACAUGGACGAGUCGACACCGCCAACCGCUGAGCAACAAGCGACGCAGCUGGCACCGCAACAUCCACCUUUGCCUGACCAGAGCAGCUCCUGCUUUAGACAUUGGCGCAAGAAUUUCAAAUACUUUUAUGAAAACGAACAUACCAAUUAAGAAUUAUGGUAUUAGCUAGGGCUAGCAGA